AUGGCUAAUUCUACCCACUCGCUUGUCUAUGUUCCAAUCUUCGCCGGUGAAAACUAUGAUUUCUGGAGCAUCAAGAUGAGGACAUAUUUUUUGUCCCAAGACUUAUGGGACAUUGUUAAUAAUGGUUUUUCUACACCAAAGGCUACCUCCACUCCGUCCAUUACACAGCAGGAGAAACUAAAGAAGAAUAUGCAGAAUGAUGCCAAGGUACUUUACAUCCUCCAACAGGCGGUAGUUGACACAAUAUUUCCAAGAAUUAUGGGAGCUACAACGGCGAAGGAUGCAUGGAAUACUCUAAAGGAGGAGUUUCAAGGCAAUGCAAAGGUAGGGACUGUUAAACUGCAAACUCUAAGAAGAGACUUAAAAAAUAUCAAAAUGAAGGAUUCUGAGACCGCUAAAGAUUACUACUCCAGAGUAAAGGAGAUAGUAAAUCAAAUGAGAGCCUAUUGUGAAGACAUCACAGACAAAAAGGUCAUAGAAAAAAUACUAAUCAGUCUUACUGAUAAAUAUGACCCAAUAGUCACUGCCAUUGAAGAGUCCAAAGAUAUAUCAACUCUUUCAGUGACAGAAUUGAUGGGCUCUCUGGAAGCUUAUGAACAAAGGCUGAAUAGGCGAGAGGAAAGCUCAAUUGAAAGUGCCUUUUAG